CCCAGCAAUUGCUCUGUAAUUUCUCUAAAAAUGUUGGAACUUCAUCUUGUUCAGAAUUCGCUCCUCAAGAAGGUCUUGGAGUCGAUCAAAGAUUUUGUGACCGAUGCAAACUUCCAUUAUUCGGCCACUGGAUGCUCGCUUCAGGCCAUGGAUUCGAGCCAUAUUACCCUGGUGGUUCUUCUCCUUCGAGCGGAGGCCUUUGAACUAUAUCGUUGCGACAGAAACAUUUCCGUGGGAAUGAACUUGAACAACAUGUCGAAAAUGCUCGAGUGUGCCGGCAAUGAUGAUGCCAUUAGAAUCAAGGCUGAUGACGGCAAUGAUACUAUCACUUUCGUGUUUGAAAGCCCCACCCAACGCAAGGUUUCCAAUUUUGAGAUGAGAUUGAUGGACAUCGAUAGCGAGCAACUUGGAAUUCCAGAUUUAGAGCAUCAUGCUAUUGUUAAAAUGCCUUCUGUUGAGUUCGCUAGAAUUUGCAAAGAUCUCAGCAGCAUUGGUGAUACUGUUAUAAUCUCUGUGACGAGGGAAGAUGUCACGUUCUCAACAAUAAGCGAUAUAGGAUCUGCAAACAUUGUUUGCAGCCAGAACGCUGCUGUAGCCAAGCCAGAAGAAGCAACAGUUAUAGAGAUAAACGAGCCAGUUUCUUUGACAUUUUCUUUGAGGUAUAUGAACUUAUUCACCAAGGCUACACCCCUAUCUAAUACAGUUACCAUCAGCCUGUCUUCUGAGCUACCUGCCAUUGUUGAGUACAAAAUAGCAGAGAUGGGACAUGUUAGAUUUUACAUGGAUCCCAGUUAGAAGAUGAUGAGGAUGAGACAAAACCUCAGGUAUAAAUGUAUAAUAUUCAGUUGCCAUUUGUUUCAUAAAUCCAUUUAGGACGUUUCCUGCAGUAGAGUAGUUAGUGUAUUUUAGGAGUUUUUCUUGUCCAAUACGUACUUUUCUGUUUCUGAGCUUACAAUUUUAACAUUUUCCCCUCUCAUCAUAUGAUCAUUU